CAUGUGAUGUGGCAUCAGAUAAAGUGAAAGAUUUUAGUAUAUAUAUAUAUAUACAUAGAUCCUCGGCUACAACGUAAAUAUUAGCGCUUAUUGCAAUAACGGUGGAGUUGUACUCGACAUUGUCAUCAUGGAUAAGUAUCAGAGCCCCUUGACCAGCCGCUAUGCGAGCAAAGAGAUGUCUCAUUGCUUCUCAAACGACAAGAAGUUCUCCACAUGGCGUGUUCUGUGGACUUUCCUCGCAAAGGCAGAGCAACAACUCGGGCUUGAAAUUACCGACGAGCAGAUUGCACAGAUGGAAGCCAAUCUUCUCCCCAUCGACUACGAGCGUGCCGCAAUUGAGGAGAAGGAACGCAGACACGAUGUGAUGGCACACGUCCACACCUUUGGAAUUGCCGCCCCACUUGCCGCACCUAUCAUUCACUUGGGCGCUACGUCGUGCUAUGUUGGUGACAACGCGGAUUUGAUGAUCAUCCGCGAUGCGAUCGAUAUCAUUAUUCCUAAGUUGGCCCGGGUUAUCGACCGACUGAGCAAGUUCGCGGUGGAGUACAAGGAUUUGCCAACCCUUGGGUUCACCCACUUUCAGGCCGCUCAAUUGACCACGGUAGGCAAGCGCGCAUGCCUGUGGAUUCAAGACUUCAUGCUCGACUUGGAACACCUCGAGCAUCUGCGCACACAGAUCCGAUUCCGCGGUGUCAAGGGCACGACCGGAACACAGGCCAGUUUCCUGCAGCUGUUCAACAACGACGAUGACAAGGUUGAAGAAUUAGAUAAGCUGGUUACCAAGAUGGCCGGCUUUGACCGCAGAUACCUUGUUACCGGACAGACAUACACGCGUAAGCUCGACUAUGACGUGCUCGCGUGCUUAGCUGGGCUUGGGUCUACCGCGCAUAAGGCUGCCACUGAUCUGCGCCUGCUUGCGUCGCUGAAGGAGAUCGAGGAGCCGUUCGAGAAGAACCAGAUUGGUAGCAGUGCCAUGGCGUACAAGCGUAACCCCAUGCGCUGUGAACGCAUCUGCUCGUUGUCUAGACAUCUGAUGGCGCUGGCAGCAGAUGGGUCUUCCACCCACUCCGUACAAUGGCUCGAGCGAACGCUCGACGACUCUGCGAUCAGACGUGUGUCACUGCCCGAGGGAUUCCUAACAGCAGAUAUCGUCUUAAAUACAUUCCAGAACGUCACGGAAGGUCUAGUAGUGUACCCCAAGGUCAUCCAACGACGAAUCAAUGACGAACUUCCCUUCAUGGCCACCGAGAACUUCAUCAUGGCUAUGGUAAAGGCUGGAGGAGAUCGCCAGGAGUGCCACGAACAUAUCCGAGUCCUAUCACACGAGGCUGGCAAAGUGGUCAAGAUGGAGGGAGGCAGCAACGAUCUGAUUGAGCGUAUCAGGAAAUCAGAGUAUUUUGCUCCCAUUCACUCCCAGAUUGACAACCUCAUGGAUCCGCAUACCUUUGUCGGACGGGCUCCCAAACAGGUGACGAACUUCAUGCAACAGGAAGUGACCCCAGCGUUAGAAAGGUACGCUAAAGAACUCGACGGAUCUGCUGAGAUCAACGUUUAAAACGUUGUUGUCCACGAAUAACAAUAAAGAGACACAUACCAUCGAGCACAGGGAAUUAAACCCGAUUCGGA